GUUUAGGGUUAAGAUGCAAUUUACGCACUUAAUUACCUCACACCGGAACAGGAGCAGGUGAAAUAGCCGCCGGCGACGGCGAGUGUGCGGGAGAUAGAGAUAGAGAAAGAGAGCUCGCGAUGGCUUCAAGAUCUCCGGAUAGCGGAGAGUCUGAGAGAGAUAGAAAUAGGGAAAGAGAAAGAGAGCUCGGGAUGGCUUCAGGAUCGCCGGAUAGCGGCGAGCGUGAGAGAGGUGGAGAUGGAGAAAGAGAAAGAGAGCUUGCGAAGACUUCAAGAUCGCCGGAUAGCAGCGAGUGUGAGAGAGGUGGAGACGGAGAAAGAGAAAAAGAGAGCGCGAUGACUUCAAGCUCGUCGGGUAUGACGCCUGACUACUGGAAUGCCUCGUACUGGGACGAGAGGUACCGGAACAACUACUCCUCCUAUGAUUGGUACAUGGAAUACCCAAGCCUCGUCUCCCUCUUCGACCUCUACCUCCGCCGCCAUCACCGCAUCCUCAUCAUCGGCUGCGGAAACUCAGGUACCGCCCCCUUCUCCCCUUUCCUUUACUUUUUACCCCCAGGGUUCAAUUCCUUCCGAGACACAAUCGAUCGACGCACGCCCUUUCUCAUAUUGCGGAUCUUUGCCUCCUGAUUUGUGCUUCGCGAUGGGAGAGGACGAAAUGCUCGAUUCUUUAUGAAUUUUGAAUCUUGGAGUGGCAUCGAUCUAUGGUCCAUUGAACGGAUCUUGUUUGGUUUGUUCUUAAGAUCAUGGAUAUAGGCCACAGUGAUGGGCAAUUGGGAUUUGUUUGUUGUAAGUACGCUCAAGAACCCUUGAUUUUAGCUGUUAAUUAUCCAGGUUUGAUUAGUGAUGUAAUCUGAAGUUAUCAUUCCUAGUUGAGUUGCUUAGUUGAUUAUUCUCUUGAACCAUUGAAAUAUUUAUUGCAUUUUAGCUAAGAACAGAGUAAAAUUAUUGGCAACAAACUUUCAUAAGAUAGAGAUUAGCUACGAGUUGUAUUGAGUUGAGUGCUGGUAUCACUUAUAAAAUCAUGACCAAUAUGUUCCUGUUAAAGAUUACUGUUGAUUCCUAGAUCUCUCAUCAAUCCUUCAGGUUUUAUUGUAACUUGUUUCAUGAUUUAUAUGUACUUGUUGCAUUUUAGAAUUAAGGGAUUAGCUUCCGAGUUGUGUUAGGUUCACUAUUGGCAUCACUUAUAAAUUCAUGACUAUAUGUUCCUGUUAAAGAUUUUUAUUGAUCUUUUUGAGUUCAAUUAGUUAUUCCUAGAUGCCUCAUCAAUCCUUGAUGUUUCUUUCUGACUUGUUUCCUGGCUUAUAUGUAUUUAAAAAUAUUGCUUUCUUGACAAUGAUUAGCUUGUUAAAGCUGAUACGCAA